CUCGUGUGUGAGGCGGAAGUGGAACAGUAGUCAUAUGACAACAAACGGGUGGCUGACGGACAGGAAACCAAUCGGCAUGGAAAACAACAACUUUCACGGUGACUAGCGCGCCGCAGAAGCUACAGUCUGAGUCCGAAACACGUCCCGAGACACGAUGGAUGAGAUCAGAGUGUCUCCUGAUUACAACUGGUUCAGAAGCACUGUUCCACUGAAAAGAAUUAUUGUAGAUGAUGAUGACAGUAAAGUGUGGUCCUUGUAUGAUGCUGGUCCAAAGAGCAUCAGGUGUCCCAUCAUCUUCCUUCCUCCAGUCAGCGGAACAGCUGAGGUCUUCUUCCAGCAAGUAUUGGCUUUGACUGGCUGGGGAUACAGAGUCAUCUCGCUGCAGUAUCCGGUGUACUGGGACCUCUUGGAGUUCUGUGAUGGCUUCAGGAAGCUUUUGGAUCACUUGCAGCUAGAUAAGGUUCACCUGUUUGGAGCCUCUUUGGGAGGUUUCUUGGCUCAGAAGUUUGCAGAGUUUACACACAAGUCUCCUCGAGUGCACUCUUUGAUUCUCUGUAACUCGUUCAGUGACACCUCCAUCUUUAACCAAACGUGGACUGCAAACAGUUUCUGGAUGAUGCCAGCUUUCCUGCUGAAGAAGAUUGUGUUGGGGAAUUUUUCUAAAGGACCUGUGGACCCUAAAAUGGCAGAUGCAAUCGACUUCAUGGUAGACCGACUGGAGAGUCUGAACCAAAGUGAGUUAGCGUCACGACUAACACUCAACUGUCAAAACUCUUAUGUGGAGCCCCACAAAAUUAAAGAUGUUGCUGUGACCAUCAUAGAUGUGUUUGAUCGGAGUGCUCUGUCACUGGAAGCCAAGGAGGAGAUGUAUAAACUAUAUCCAAAUGCCAGAAGAGCUCACCUAAAAACAGGAGGAAACUUCCCUUACCUGUGCAGGAGUGCCGAAGUCAACCUCUACAUCCAGAUUCACCUGCGUCAGUUCCAUGGAACACGAUACGCUGCCAUCACUCCGGACAUGGUGCUUGCAGAGGAGCUGGAGGUGCAGCAGAGUGACGUGAGCAUGGACCAGGACUCUGAACACAAACCGUGAGCAGCUGCUUCCCCCCAACCACUGCUCUGCUCCUCAACUCAUUUCAAAGGCCCUGCUACAGAUUUUCUAUGGAGCUCAUCAGUCAGCUCUUACACAAAAUCCUUUUAUUUAACAGAUGAAGCAAUAUUUUGAUAAAUGACACAAGAAAGAGUUAUGCUUCUGUUUGCUUUAUUAACAUUUGACAUGUUGCCUUAUGUGGAAUGAAUUUUGCACUGAAACUGUUUGCUUUGCGGAGCUGUGUUCAUGUGGAUGUGCAGAUUGGAGAUCGUUAUGUGAUAAAACAGAUAAAUUUAGAUUUUUUUCCA